AUGGAGCCAAUUGUGUACACUAUCGCCGAAGAUGGGGAUACAAUCCUCGUACUCGAAAACGUCAACCGAGCCAUCGGAGCACAACAAGAUGACCCAGUAUGGGAGAAUGCGCUACCGGAUGUGUUGGUCGACGAACCGCAACUUGACGAAUUCAAGGUGAGAGGAGGCCAUGUAUCAGAGGACGCUAACAGUCAACGAGAAAUCUGGAUGUUACUUUCAUCAAAGAAGCUCGCACCUGUAUCGCCGAUCUGCAGGCAAAUGGAGCCCAACAACCAGCCAGAGAUUCGACCCUUCAAGUUUACGUACAAGUAUCUCUUCGUCACCCGACACUGGGAUGAGAAGGCAUUGGAAAUGGUGAUGAACAUAAUUCACGGCAAAACAGUCAACAUCCCCGAAAAGAUUAGCCUGGAGAAACUUGCUAACAUCUCCGUUAUUGUUGAUCACUUUCAAUGCCACCAGACAGUAAAGCCCUUUGCGGACAAGUGGAUUGCUCGUCUGGAGGAGCCCUAUCCUACCUGUUAUGGGCGGAUUCUUGUGCUCAGACUCUACAUAUCUUGGGUGUUUCUAGACAGCUUCGACUUUGCCGCCUUUACGAAGAUAGUUAUUCGAGAAAGCAGGGGCCCCAUGCAUACGCUGGGCUUGCCGAUACCAAAGAGCGUCAUCACCGGGAUUGAUAAGACGAGACAGGGCCUCAUUGAUAAACUCUUUUUCGACCUCUACGCCAUGAAGAAGAAACUAUCAGAGCCGUCGCGCCUUUGCUCAUCCAACUAUCCGUCUCACACCACUGUUGGCUGCGCUACGCUUCUGCCUGAUGCUCUCGUGGAAGGUAUGAAAGAUGUUGGCAUAACAUCGCCCCCACAGCGACCAUUCAACGGGUACAGCAUUGCGGCUCUUGAAAAGGCUCUUCGCGGGUUCCAACAGCCGGGCCUGGCGACCUUGAUGUGGUCAUGCGAGCUCCAUGGCUCCAAGAUCUUUCUACCCACAGAAGUCUGUGCGGUGCUCAGCAAACAACAGUUUGACAAAAUAGAAGGUCUGGAAGUGUACAAGUUCCAUCGCUACUGA